AUGUCUAAUGGUUUUGUUUUCAUGCUGUCUUCCCAGGAAUCUCAUGAUCAUGUUCUUUUGGAUAUUCCUGUCACUAGAGAGCAGAUGAAUCACUAUUGAACUGCAGCUGAAAUUCCUCAAAGUGAACUUGCUGCACUUCUAGUGAAGUAUGUUUGUGCCCAGUCAGAGCCUCUUGAACUCAGGUCCAGAAUGGUGUCUAAAGAAGCCUCUUUUCAAGAGCUGAAGGUUGAAACUGAAAGGUACAAGGAAAACAAUUCUAAAGAGAUGUCUCACCUCCUGUCUUUGCAAACAUGAAUUCAGGAGAUGGAAGAAGAGCUGGGUGUGCUUGUCUCUUCUAACCAGGCUGAGCUGACAGCUCAGGUGGCGUUCAAGGAAAACUGGGAGCUGAAGGAGGAGCUUCAAGAGCAAAAUGCCAAACUGAAUAAUUAUUUGAAUGAAUAUGAAGGAAACAUGACUCAAGCAUCUAAAAUCAGCAGAAAGUAUGAAAAGCUCCUUAUACAGUUUUCUGGAUUCUUGGACACAGACAUCAGAGAAAAAGACAAACCACAGGAACAUAUAGUGUCAAAGGUCUCUGAAAUAUGUACAGAAAAUCUGACACUAAAAGACCAGGUUGCUGCUCUUCAAGAAGCUAUGAAUGUCCAUGAGAUGGAAUGCAAAGCUAGUAGAGAAACUAUCAUGAGACUAGUUUCAGAAGUGACCAAGGAGCAUAAAAAGGUGACAGGUUAAAGUCAAGACAUGGAAAAACUUAGUAAGUCUGGUUUAAUCUUUCAUGCAUUUUUGGAUCUUGACAGCACUAUAAUAAAAAGACAGAGUUUAGAGAUGGAGAUCAGAAACCUCCAAGAUAAACUGACUAACCAGAAAUCUUUGGACACAAAGCAGGAACUGUACAAUCUGAAGAAAUCUUCCAGUGAGUUAGAUGGAAGCUUGAAGAGCAGCAGAGAAGAGGCCUGGACUGCUCAGGACUCUUUAGAGGCUUUUAAUGAACAAAUUGCUACCCUGCUCAGCUGUGGAUCUGCAGUAGUUAAACCUUUUGAGAAGGCCAUUUUGGAGAGGAUCCAAGAAAUAUAUGGCAAAGAGGUGAGUAAAGAAAUAAUGGUAUCUCAGCUUGAAACCCAAAUAGUUAAAAUGACUGAAGCUUUGGAAAGUCAGACCAGAUUGUACCUUUUUUUUCAAAUAUCCUUGUGUUUGGAAAACAAGAUGAAGACUCAGUCAGAAAAACUGAAAGCAAAAGAGCUGCACAUGAACUUUCUGCGGCAGAAAAUAACUAAUCUGGAAGAAAAGAAGCAAGUAAGGACUGUCUUAGCUGUGGAAAGGGCUGAGGCCAAUCUUGCUGUCAGAAAGUUACAGAAGAUAGAGAGGUUACAGAAGAAGCUUGAUCUGGCGAAGGAAACAAAUGAUCUCAAAGCCAAGCUGUCUGAAACCAAUGAACCUAAGAUCAAAACUUUGGAGCAGAACAGAACAAUAGUAGAACUCCAUAAGUCUCAAGGCAAAUUGAAAAGAAUGAAAGAAAAAGCUGAAAAACAACUUAGCUCUGUCAAAUCAGAACUUCUUUUGAAGGAGCAUAAAGCUACAGAAGAUAAAGAAAAAACCAAAAAUAUGUUAGAAGCAGUUACCAGUGAGAUGAAGGUGCUUAAAACAACCCUUGCAGAACUAGCAAAAAGACAGAGACAGCUGUCAGAUUUCUGAGAGGUGUAUUGCAGUCUGGGCCUCAACAUUGCCAGCCUGGUGCUUCCAGACUAUGAAAUCAUUGCACAUCUUGAUGGGUUGAUUCACUCUCAUCAGCAUCACUGCUUCCCCUGUGUCUGCCUCAAAGAUGUGGCACAGGCACCAGAGAAGCACUCACUCACUAACACUAAACACUCUAUUUUAAGAAAAAUUACACUUUUUUCAAGUAAGACUG